CAGACCUGCUUGCCACAGUUCACACUUGAGAGCCUGAAUUUGGCAGGAUCUGCUGGGGCCUAAGCAAAAGAAGCACCCGCCACACCAGGUCAAGUGCAACGAUGCCCAGCUUUAUUGGCAGUGCUCUUCGCGGGAACUUCUUCCUGAUGCUUGGCCUGUGGUGGUCCAUCAAAUACCCCAUAAAGUACAUUCUUCUAAAACUGGAUUCAGGCAACCCACACAGCCACUGGAUCCAUUCUAUGGAUAUUAUCGAAGGAACAAUGAAAGCUUUCUUUGCUCUAGGAGGAAUACUGGCUGAGCAGCUGGUCCCGGGCGGACCCCACCUUUCUCUCUACGACAGCAAGGCCCAAGACUGGGUCCAGCUGAUGAGCUGGCCGCACAUGACCAUGUACCUCUUCUAUGGCUUUUCUGGAGUGGCAGAUGUCCUCGUCCAUACAUCGCUCAAGUUGCCGGUGGGGCUGGAUCGCCUCCUGUUGGCUCUGGCUUUGUUUGCAGAAGGCUUCCUCUUCCAUUUCCAUGACUACAAGGACGCCGCGUUGACGGAACAUCUCUAUCAUCUCAUGAGCAUCGCUGUGUUUGGAGCCGCCCUCUGUGCCUCGCUGGAGGUCUUCCAACGAGAUCACACCCUCCUGGAGCUCUUCAGGGCCAGCCUCUUCAUCCUCCAAGGAUCCUGGUUCUGGCAGAUUGGCUUUGUUCUGUAUCCACCAUGGGGAGGUCCAGGUUGGAAACAAGAGGAGCAUGGAAACAAGAACUUCCUGACCAUGUGCUUCUUUUGGCACUAUGCCAUUGGCCUUCUUGUGAUGGCAGCCAAUGGUUUCAUCAGUCAACACUGCAGUAACGGACGUGGAGUAAACUAUGGAAACGUCGAAGUGGAACUGGAUGUGGAGCUGGACUUGGCAUGUUGUCUAUGGAGGAAAAACCGAACCCUGGAUCCUGUCCUCCUACCAGAGAACAUCUCAGAUGAAAAAUGAAGGGUCUCAUUUCCCCCUAUUCUUCAAGAUAUUUUUUUUAAAAAACUGUGAAGUUUCUAGUUCCCAUCUGACAUAAAGGGUGCUCUUUAUAUUAAAAACAAACAUAGUAGUCAACGGCAAAAGGGGAGAAGCUGUAUCCUCUUAUAUAAGUGUUCAAAGCCUUCAGCUGCAAGCACACUCACCUCAGCAACUUCCCAAAAAAUUAUAUCCAAGGGCCAAAGUGUGCACUGGAAAAUGUCCUGCUAAUGAACUUUGUGGCUUUUUUAAAAAAAAAUACAUCAAAUCUGAUGACCUUUUGAGGACUUUGUGUUUACACUGCAUGGGACAUGCAAUUUGUAAUUAGAUUUGGUUGUAAGCAAUGGGUUGGAUGUCAAGCUGCCCAGUUAAAUGAGUGGCAAAACCCUUUAGGCAUGAUCAUUAUAAAAACCACUCUGGAGUCCAUUAGAGCUACAGCCACAUCUGUAAUGCAAGUUGGCCAGAUCGUGGUUCUGACUGGUACAUUUGGUAUUGUAUUGAAAUUUCUGCAUGCAGUUUAAUUCAUCCAUGUGCAUAUGUGUACAUAUGUGUGUUGCGAAUAAAGGGUGGUUUUCUGCAGAGACUUUUCAAGGGAGCAAUCUAUAUGGUGUCUAUUGAACACUGAUACCUCAUUCACCUUCCACACAAGUAUUGGAAACAUAACAGUGUGAUAUAUACAGCUCCCUGGAACAUCAACAUAACCAAGUAUCUUCUAGGCCGCAUCGGCACUAUCCAUUUAAAGCAGUAUCAUGACAUUUUAAACUGUUGUAGCUUCCCCCAAAGGAUACUGGAAGUUUAAGGGUGGGUGCAGAGCUAUAAUUUUCAGAGUGGUUUUGUUGUAGGAAUUUAUGUAUAGGUUUGGGGGGGCGGUUGCCCCUCCAGCAGAUAUGCAC